AACUUGGCAGAUUCUUAUUCCACAAUUCACUUAUAAUUAACUGAUGCGAACCUCAUAACUCAUACACUUGUUCGGUUCUUCCAAUAUUUUUCAGUUUUCUUUCUUUAUUUUUUGAAUGGUUGAAUUUCUGUGUGCUUCACUUAAAACAACAAAUUCAUUUUGAUCGGAAAUUAAAACAAAGAAAUUAAAAGUGGUGGAGAUCGAACAUGGGAAGCAAGCAGCAAACUUCCGGUAACAAUCAAUCCUUCAAUCUUGCUCACGAUGUUGCACCCUCCAAAUUAUAUGAUGAUGAUGGCCGUCUCAAGAGAACAGGGAGUGUAUGGACGGCAAGUUCCCAUAUAAUAACAGCUGUGAUUGGGUCAGGAGUGUUGUCCUUGGCAUGGGCCACGGCCCAGUUAGGAUGGAUUGCUGGCCCAGUUGUCAUGUUGCUGUUCUCCGUUGUCACUUACUACACUUCUGUUCUCCUUGCCGACUGCUACCGCUCCGGCGACUCCGUCUCCGGCAAGAGGAAUUACACUUACAUGGACGCCGUUCAAGCUAAUCUUGGUGGACUUCAAGUGAAAAUAUGUGGACUAAUUCAGUACUUAAACCUGUUUGGAGUUGCAAUUGGUUAUACAAUAGCAGCCUCUAUAAGCAUGACGGCUAUAAAGAGGUCAAAUUGCUUCCAUGAGAAAGGAGAAAAAGGAAAGUGCGACAUAUCAGCAAAUCCUUACAUGAUUCUGUUUGGAAUAGCUGAGAUAUUCUUUUCACAAAUCAAAGAUUUCGAUCAAAUAUGGUGGCUAUCGAUAGUUGCAGCGGUCAUGUCUUUCACUUAUUCCACCAUUGGUCUUGGUCUUGGUAUCGCUAAAGUGGCUGUAAACGGAAAAGUGAUGGGCAGUAUGACGGGUAUUAGCAUUGGUGUGGUCACUGAAACUGAUAAAGUAUGGAGGAGCUUCCAAGCACUUGGUGAUAUUGCAUUUGCCUAUUCUUACUCCAUGAUUCUCAUUGAAAUACAGGACACAGUGAGGUCACCCCCAGCAGAAUCAAAGACAAUGAGGAAGGCUACACUAAUAAGUGUAGUAGUAACAACCGCUUUCUACUUGUUGUGUGGGUGCUUCGGCUAUGCAGCAUUUGGGGAUUUAUCUCCCGGAAAUCUGCUAACCGGGUUUGGAUUCUACAACCCAUAUUGGCUAGUAGACAUAGCCAAUGCUGCCAUCGUAAUUCAUCUAGUUGGGGCGUACCAAGUUUACUGUCAGCCACUCUAUGCUUUCAUUGAGAAAAUAGCCAUUCAGACCUACCCUCACAGUGACUUCAUCAACAAGGAUAUCAAAAUUCCCCUUCCUAUGUGUCUGUCAAAAAAACCUUACAACCUAAACCUAUUCCGCUUAAUUUGGAGGACUGUGUUUGUGAUAAUUACAACUGUAAUCUCAAUGCUCUUACCCUUCUUCAAUGAUGUAGUAGGAUUGCUUGGAGCACUCGGGUUUUGGCCAUUGACAGUAUACUUUCCUGUGGAGAUGUAUAUAUCCCAGAAGAAAAUACCCAAAUGGACUACAAAAUGGGUUUCCCUUCAGAUUUUAAGUGCUGCUUGUCUCAUUAUCACCAUCGCUGCAGCUGCUGGAUCUAUUGCCGGGGUGGCUAUUGAUCUUAAGUCUUAUAAGCCUUUCAAGACCACUUAUUGAUUCAUUCUUUUAAGACUACUUAAUACUUACAAUAUUACAAUUUUACAAUUACAAUUUACAAUUUACAAUUUACAAUUUACAAUUUACAGGGGCUCUCUGCUUUUAUGUUGAUUAUUGUAUGUACGUAGCUGCUUUAUCUUACAACUAGAUGGAUGUAACCUUUUUCAUCUGUAGCUCUUAUUCCAUUUCUUAAUUUCAGGGCGACAUUGGAACA